AUCCAAUCCAGCGUUGUAUUGGUGAUCGGCUGCAUUAGUUUAGUGUCAUUAUUCCAUGAGUGCACCGUGAUUUACGGCGACGAUGGCUUUGGAUCAACGUAGUUAACGUAAAAUAAAUAUCGCGUUCGGGGAAUCGCUUUCAUAAUGCUUCUACAAAGUGUAAACUUUAGCAGCGAACCUAUAAUGAGCAAACAGCGUUAGAUACGUAGAUCUGAUCGGCAUGGCUGUCAAGGAGGUCACAGAAACCCAAUCAAAAUGGGAUGGCCCAUUGUUGAAAGGAGAGGGGAAGCGGCAACCCAUCAUCUUGCAGCAAAGUGUCACCAUGCUGGCGUACAUGGACAAGGAGAAUCGAUCUGUGGCACAGCAAGGUACACAGCAGCAGAGUGGCUCGUUCCUAGACUCGUUUGUCCCUGGCCACUCCAGGGACCUGCCCAUCCUGAUUGGAGCUGCUAUGGGUGCUGUGGGACUCAUUGUGAUCAUCCUGGCUGUAGUGGUGGUCUGGCACUGCUGUUCAAGAAAAACCAGUAACGAUAAAGCCUAUGUUGUGGAGAACCUGAGUCGCAGCAGCAGUGUAUCAAGACCACCACCCGCAAGUAUGGUGCAGAGUGACUCUGUGAUCUUCCUGAGUGCGAAGCCUCGCCACCCGACUGGCACCCGGCUGGGCGGAACUACACCAGAUGGAACAGGAUCGGUUGAGAGCAUGUCACAGUUGCACUUCGGGCAUCAUGGCUUCAUAGGAGAUGUCGGAGGGGCACGUCCUUUGAGUGAGUGUGGGGUUCAUACAGUGGAUGUGCCCUACACUCAGCCAUCGUCUGCAGCCAGUCUUGAUGGUGAGGUUACUCUGCAGGUGCCUUCGCUCAGCCAGUGCAGCUCUUACAGCCACAGAGGUUUGGAGGACUCUUACUACAACGUCUAUGGCAGCAAUGAUCUAACAUUGAAGACCAGAAGCCUUCCAUCAUGGGGCAGAGCCAAGCAACGGCCCCUGUCCACCGAGGAUGACUUGAGUGAGCUCUAUGCCAAGGUGAAUUUCAGCAAACGACGCAAGAACCGCAUGCGCAAUGACAGCGCAGCUGCCAUUGCUGCCACGCGCAGCUUCCAGAACCAGCAGUGCUACCUGUCGCCCUUCCAUACACUGCCAUCUGCACACACUGACACCGAUUCACUUGUUGACAAUGAGGCUGUGGUAGUUUAUGAUGAACGCACUGCCGUCUGAAACCUGUACUCAUUUCCAUCAGCCACAUUAGUUGCGAGGGGAGGGAACCACUGCUGGCCUUUUAUGCAAGCAGGGACCAACAUUCCUGUACUCGGCAUGACACUUGUGUCUCUGUCUUCAAGCCUCCAAGAAAAGGGUUUUAGGCUCCUGUAGCUUUGUCACAGAUGUCUAGUCCAUUACCUAACGAAUGCGCAAGAUAGUGCGACUAUAAUGUGUAUUCUGUACGUAUUGAUAAAAAUUUUAUUUUGAGUGGCCCUCUCCCCCCCCCCCCCCCCCCCCACUUCCUAAUAUUUUUUUUACAUAUUUUUCAGUUUAUUAGUGUUGCAACAUUGCAUGGCAGUCAAAUGACAUUGCAGGACGAUAAUAUUAUUAUUACUAUUGUUAUUAUUAUUAUUAUUCAUAUAAUUACAAUUUUUGUUAUCUUUCUGGUCUGUGACUUACUGAUUUGAGUAGGGUGAUGAUUGACUGGGCCUUAAGUGCAAUUGCUGUAAUUAUGCAGAGUUGUCGCUAUUCUGAGUACCAAUUGAAGAUAAGCUGUCAUCGUAUUUUGAGCUUGCGUUAUUACUGGUCACAGUUUAGAAACUGACUGAUUUCUCAGAGCUGUGGGGGACUGCGGGACUGCCUGAAAAAUUUAGCAGUCUCGAAAACUAAUGUCUGGCUGUCAGUGACAGUCCACAAAUUCAGUCCGGAGCUUAUCAUGAUGCGCAAGGUUCUUCCGUUGUGCCCUUUGAGCAUGCAAGUGAAUUUGCUGCUAGUGGUUGGCUGCACACCAGCAUAGCAUUUUUCAUAAGUUAUCACACUGCAAGCUGACUGUGCACAUACAUUAUCUGUGACUUAAUUUCCCGAGAUUGCCAAAAGUUCAAUAUGGUAACAGAUGGUUUGCUCACAACAAUAAAAAUUCCAGCUCAUAUAGCUUGAGUGUGGCCUCCGAAAAUUUUGUUUGGGAUCUUGAUGUUGCAGACAAUCAAUAGUUUUUGCAUUGAAUCUGGAUUCCGUCAAAAUAACUUCGUCAUUAGGCUUAGCGGCCAAACAGUACUUGGAAAGGCAGCAAAUUGCCCUACCAUGAGAAAUGCAGCUAGUCCCGUCGUUAGCAACAGUUACAGUCACAACAUGGCACCUCAAGAUUUUGUUGGAAGAAUCUAACUAACCGCUGCGCGGAUCCUGGAAUUUCAGAUGCCAUUCUACACUGGCCUUAUAGAACCCACAGCAGUGCUUCUUCAAACUUAAAACAAUUUAUCCAGUCUGAAAAAUCAGUCAGCUACUCUCUUAAAGGAGAGUACACUGGUCAAAAAAUACUCGUUCUGUAUACCAAACUUCCUCAUUGCUUCAGCAUUGGCAUGCAUGUACGUACCAGAGCUGAAGCAUUGUUAGGUAUUAGGGCAAAUUUUGACAUAGCUAGAGGAGCCUGGAGGAUUGAAAUCUGAUAAAAUAGAGCUACAGCCUAUGCUGUCUAUUCAGAAUAUAUUUUUAGCCACCGUGUAGGCCAAGCCUUGUGAGACACGAGAGUCGUAUUUUCACAUUGGUGUGCUACGCAUGUCUUUUUUGCCACCCGUCCUAAAAAGCCUGUAAGCAGGGGCAACUUAAUGUGACAGUGAGGUGAAAGCUAUAGGCAAGUGCAGCUAGCUUCUACCUGAACAGUUCUGGUUUUUACUGUCUGAGGAAGGGGUAUAGCUUGUAUAGACUAAUCCUGACUUCACUGCCACGUUCAGCUGUCACCUACACCUGCUUUUGUAGAGAAAGAUGCUCUGCAACCUUCAAAUGUGCUUCCUCAGCAUUGGAGUGGUUUACUGUAUGCCUAGGGAGUAGGCAGUGCCUAUACAGCUGCGCUAUCACAGCAUUUAGGCACACAUGUCAGGAAGAGUGCUGAAAUACUUCAAAUGAGUGUGCACAGUGAGCUGCAAUACCAAAGUGUUGCGCAGUGUAGAGGUGCUGAGGUGCCACUGCUCUGAACUGUCAGGGUCAUCAUGCCUUUAACUCUCACAUUAACUUAUGCGUACCACAGUGUAUGAGGAAAGCCUUCUGGGGUGUGCAUUUCAGCCAGCAUGAUGAGACAGACAAGUGCACACCAUAGCAAGAAUGACCUUCCGGGAAAAUGCUGGAGGUCAUUUUUGCACUGCACAGAAACAAUCUUGCAUGCCCUUUUUUAAAAGCAUUUGCAGCAUAUGAGAUCUGUGUACUGUGUGCUGUUGGCUGCUGAAUAUGUAAUGUCACGCUAACUUUUAUAUACUUGUGCAGUGCUCGUUGUUUGGUGUUGGUGAGGGUGGUGUUACUGGUGAAUGGCCUUUGUGCAAUGUUGUGGAGUAGGAUCCUAGGUGUGAAAUCACUUUGGUGUUUUCGAGCUUACAUUAUAUCCUGCUGAAGUGAAGUGGAACAUACAUGUGCAUAUGCAUAUCGUCAGAUUUAAGUAGUGCAAAUAUGUGUGUGGGAGUACUCAUUCAGAUGAAAAAGAGCAGAGUGCGUGAGACGUUUUCCUGUGUACUUUUUGCAGACAAAUGAGGCUGUUAGGUAUUAUUGCUCAGAUUUUGUGCUGGUAUUGUGAGAACUACUGGCAUUUUGUAGUUGCGUUCUUUUAUUCACAACCUUUAGCAACUACAGAUGUAUAAAUGGGUGUCCAGUUUCAACAUCUUAGCUUAAAUGGCAAGUGAGCAUUGGGUGACGAAUGGAACAAGUUUAAUCUCUUAUACUUAAAAUGGAUUCCUUAAUUGUAUGUACAGACGCAAGUGUGCUCAAGUGCACACGCUCUUUACACAUACUUAUUGGGACAGAAUGAGUAAGGCUACAGAAUAUUGUUCAACUUGGCUGGCUUCACGUUGAAUUUGUUUACCUGCAUAUUUUGUCGCAGUGUGUUUGUACAUAUAUCUUUUAAUCACAAUGUGCUUUGCUACGUGGCGCAAGCAGCUUUUUAUGCCACUAUAGCUUGGCAGUUUAAGAACAAACUUACAUUUUGUUGUUGUUUGUUUUUGUUAACAUUUCUUAACCAUUGACACAUUAGUGAAAUAUAUGUUGUUUGUUUCAGUGUGUGGUAAAAGAAAAUAGUUAAUCAACAAUAAUCUUUUUUCCAUUUACGAAAUACUGUCGUCAGCCGUUUUCAAUAUUUCAAAAAGGGCCGUUGUCAUUUUUUGAUAAAUUUGCUUUUUAAUUUUACAUUAUAAAUAUGUUUUCACUGUUCCUGGCUGUGACACCAGCUAGUCAAGAAACCUGUGGAGUAGAUGUCACCUAGUUUUCCUGCAACGUGUUAACCGCAUAUCUUUUUUUUUCCCUAGAACCCCUAGUCAAGUUUACCAGACUGAAGGACACUUGAUCUUAACAUUGCAUUUUCAUCAAUUGAUUGUUUAACCAUUUCUUUUGUAGCUCUCUCCUCUAUAUGUCACUUUCACAAUCAUUUCCUUAUCUGUUGCACAGACUGCCACACAUUCGCGUGCAAGUAGUGGGCUGGGCUUUACAUCAGCGUAUGCAAGUUACCCUUGAAUUCAAGAUAGAUAAUUUUUUAAUGUAAGUGGCCAGAGUGAUAGCACUGUGUUAGCUUUCGUGUAUCUUGCUGGUACUGAAUUGAUGAAGGCACUGUUUGGCCUUAUGCUUGCAGUGGUGGCUUUUGCUAGAGAGUACACCAUAACACUGCGCCCUGUUGCCGCUGCUUUCAUUUCUCGCUGAGUGGUAGCCAAAUCCAAAACGGAAAAAAAAAAAAAAA